AUGAGUCCCAGCAAACAACCUAGCUCGAGAAUGUAUACCCACCGCGCAUUCUUUCUCUCUUUCACUGUUUUAUUGAGCACCGCGCUCAUGGCGACGGCUCAAGCUGCAUCAGCUCAAACCCGCCUCGACACGUUGUGUAAGACCGCAGAGGUUGUGUGUAGUAAUGUCGGAAACAACCAUCUGGCGGCAGACUCUUCAUUUAAGAAACAGACCGCUGACACAAACGUGUGCAAUGAAGGGGUGCAGGUGGAAGGACGGUGCCGAUUCAAACGUUUUUGUGCCCUGAAGGAUACGAUCAGUGUCUUGCGGAGUGUAGGGGACUCAAGGACGGUGGAUUGGACAGUGGUGGAACCGGCGCUUGUUGAAUGGGGAUCUAUGGGCUCAUUAAGAAGGAUGGGGAAUUCAAGGAAUACUUGCGGAAAGACGGAUACGCAGAGAAUGGUUGUUGGAGUGGCUCGUAAGACGUGGUAUCAAGAAUAA